AUGUCUUCCUCUGCCCACUUCCCUGACUCCCCAAGCUUCCAGCAGCAAUCAAACGACUUCAUCGCAUGGCUGGAAGCAAACCCAGGCGUCAACAUCAAUCCCAAGAUUGUUUUGGCUGAUCUCAGAUCAACUGGCGCAGGCCGAGGAGUUGUGGCUCGAAACAGUAUCUCUGAAGGUGAAGAACUCUUCUCGAUCCCGCGCUCGCUUAUCCUCGCCGUCCAGAACUCGGAGCUGAAGAGCCUGCUCGGUCAGGAUGUGGAUAGUCUGGGUCCGUGGCUAUCUCUGAUGCUAGUUAUGCUGUAUGAAUACCUGAAAGGUGCUCGCUCGAGAUGGGCAGCUUAUUUCCGUGUCUUUCCCUCUCGUUUUGAUACUCUGAUGUUCUGGUCGCCAGUGGAAUUGCAGGAGCUGCAGGCGAGUGCCAUUGUGGACAAGAUUGGCAAACAAGGAGCGGACAAUUCUAUUCUUGAGUCCAUUUUGCCUAUUAUUCAGGCCAACCCAACUCUAUUCCCACCUGUGAAUGGGCUUGCUUCAUAUGAAGGCGAGCAGGGAACUGCGGUGCUGCUGGAACUGGCACACGUGAUGGGUUCGCUGAUCAUGGCUUAUGCCUUUGACAUCGAAAAGGCGGAGGAUGACGAUGAUGAGAAUAACGAUGCUGAGGACGAGAGUUAUAUGACGGAUGACGAAGAUGAACAAGUGCCAAAAGGCAUGGUCCCUCUCGCUGAUCUGCUCAACGCCGAUGCUGACCGAAAUAACGCCCGUCUUUUCCAAGAAGAAGAGUGUCUGGUAAUGAAAGCCAUCAAGCCAAUCCAAGAGGGCGAGGAGAUUUUCAAUGACUACGGCGAAAUUCCACGUGCAGAUCUUCUUCGUCGGUACGGCUACGUAACUGACAAUUAUUCACAAUACGACGUGAUUGAGUUGUCCCUUGGAGAUUUCUGCCAGGCAGCUGGCCUUUCGAACAGCGAUGUCGAGUCUCAACCAAGACUGCAACUUCUUGAUGAAAACGACAUGCUGGAUGACGGCUAUGUCAUUCCAAGGCCAGCUGCCAGUGCUUCGUUGCAAGAUAUUCUGCCAGUUGAACUGGUUGUUCUCCUGACCACACUGUCGCUGGCACCAGAGGAAUUUGAGCAGCGCCGCUCUAAGAACAAGCCACCCAAGCCCUGCAUGGAUGCCAAUCAGGCUGGCCUUCUUUACAAGACUCUUCAAGCUAAACAGGCUCAGUACGGCUCAUCUAUUACUGAUGAUACACAGAUUCUGAUGGGUCUUGUUCCUCCAAAUGCCCCCGCCUCGCUCGAAGGAUCUGCUCGACGACAAAAAAUGGCUUUGCAAGUGCGCAUCGGCGAGAAAGAAGUUUUGCAAGCUGUCUUGGACAUGCUUGGGCCCGUCGCCUCGGGUUCUCUCAAGCGCAUGGCCAAUGGCGAUAGCACCGACCCGAGACAAUUCAAAGCUCAGCGUGUUUGA